GCACAAAAUAAAAUAUAUUUGAGGCGGAAAAUAAUAAAAAGUGAAACAAAACCAAACCUACAUAACUGUCCUUUUUUCCCCCUUUAUUUAUUAUUUAUAUUUUCUUCCAAAUCACGUGAAACUCUUCAAGCCGCAGGACCCCAUAAUGGCGGCCUCCAGUAAAAGCAGGCAUCCAACAAUGAGGGUCCUCAGCUUGCUGCUGUUCCUGCUGGAGCUCCAUCACGCGCACUCGGCAUCGAAAGGAGUCACGGCCAGUCUCAAGGCCAAGUGGCCCGAGACGCCACUUUUACUGGAGACGAGCGAGUUUAUUGCUGAAGGUGGAGAGGACAAGUUUUGGCAAUUUGUCGAUACCGUAAAGGAGUUAACCGUGUACAAGCACGGCGAAUCCGUCCGCUCGUACUAUAACUUGAUCAUUAGGAAAGCCGGUCAGUUCCUGAGCAACCUUCAGGUCAACCUGCUGAAGUUCGCGCUGUCACUCAAAGCCUAUUCACCUGCCGUACACGCCUUCCAACAGAUUGCCAGUGAUGAACCUCCGCCAGAUGCCUGCUCUGCCUUCGUCUCUAUCCACGGCCUGCAGGCCUGCAGCACCAAGGACAUGAAGAAGCUGCUGAAGGGGGCCGCAGGCAGGCCGAAGCCGUACUUGUAUAAGCACGAUCAUAAGUACCCAGGGAUCAAUGGGACGGACCUUCCGGUCGCCAUACUUUAUGCUGAAAUCGGCACUAAAAAGUUCAACACCUUCCAUAAGGUUCUUUCCGAGAGGGCGGCCGAUGGGAAGCUGAUCUACGUGCUGCGACAUUUUAUCGCUGAGCCAAAGAAGCUGCACAUGCUUCUGUCUGGAUAUGGUGUGGAACUGGCUAUUAAAAGUACCGAGUACAAAGCAGUGGAUGAUACACAAGUUAAAGAUUCGAAAUCAGCAGCCAGUUUUGAAGUGGACGAGAUCGAUGAUGUCCAGGGCUUUUUAUUUGGAAAAUUAAGGACGUCUCAUCCCGAACUGCGGGAGCAAUUAGGAGAAUUGAGGAGACAUCUGUUGGAGAGCACGAACGACAUGGCGCCUCUCAAAGUGUGGGAGCUGCAAGACCUGAGUUUCCAAGCAGCAACCCGAAUCAUGUCUGUCCCGAAGUUCGACGCGCUCAAACUGAUGCGGGAUCUGAGUCAAAACUUCCCCGGCAAAGCAAGAUCACUGACCAGAGUGGCUGUAAACCAAGAGAUGAGGAAAGAAAUUGAAGACAACCAAAAGCGUCUGAGCAAGUCUCUGGGAAUCCAACCAGGAGAUGCUAGUCUCUACAUUAAUGGAAUACACAUUGACCUGGACCUUCAUAACCCUUUCAGCAUACUGGAUAUCAUCCGUGGAGAGGCAAAACUUCUGGAGGGACUUCAUAGCCUUGGCAUCAGGGGUACCAGCUUGGGCAAGUUUUUGCGCCUCCCUGUGACCACCGUGGAGGACAGCUACGCUCUGGACAUCCGUCACUCUGCGAUAAUGUGGGUCAAUGAUAUUGAGACUGACUCCACAUACAGGAACUGGCCCUCCAGCAUUCAGGAGCUGCUCAGAGCCUCGUUCCCUGGUGUGAUCCGACAAGUUCGACGGAACCUCUUCAGCUUGGUUCUGUUUCUUGACCCGGUUCAGGAAGACACCAUGGAACUGGUCAAAAUGGCUGAGCUGUUUUACAAGCACAAGAUUCCUCUCAGGAUCGGCUUUGUCUUCGUUGUUAAUACAGAUGAAAAGGUGGACGGUUACAAGGACGCCGGCGUCGCUUUCUUCAGGGCGUUCAACUAUAUCGCAGAGGAGUAUGACAUAACCCAGGCGUUCCUAUCCAUGGUGUCUAUGUACGACAAAGUGGAUGCCGGAGAUUCCUUAUCGGUCGACACGGUGACAGCAUAUCUGAAGAAGAAAUUUCCGAAAGCUAAUGCUGCCAAAAUCCUUGAGGUGGACUCGAGCUAUGAUGAGAAAAGAAAGGCUGGAGCCGUUUUCUACAGAAAGAGCGGACUGGGUGCUCUUCCUGUGGCCCUGUUUAACGGGGUCCCACUUAGCUCCGAGGAGAUGGACCCAGAUGAGUUGGAGACCGUCUUGCUGCAGCACAUCAUGGAUUCCACGAACUUCUUCCAGAGAGCCGUCUUUCUGGGUCAGAUUUCUGAAGGCACAGAUGUGGUGGACUUCUUGAUGGAGCAACCUAACGUCGUCCCCCGCAUCAACCCUCUGAUUCUAAGCCCAGACAGGAAUUAUUUGGAUUUCACAGCAUCUCCAGUUGCUGAUGACUGGGACGAUUCAACAAUGUUCUCGUAUCUGGACUUCAAGGACAAGACAGCUGCCGUUUCUAAAAGAAUGAAGUAUUUAACGAAGCAUGAUGAGGAGAUGGUGUACGGCGUGACCUUUUGGAUAGUUGCAGAUAUCGAGCGUGUCUCUGGCAGGCGGAUUCUUCUGAAUGCAUUAAAACAUAUGAAGUCCAGCGGUUCCAGUAGCCGCGUUGGCGUGAUUAAUAACCCCAGUGAGCAACCCACCGAAGACAACAGCCGUUUAUACAGAGCCAUCUGGGCUUCCCUUCUCACCCAAAGCAGCAAGAAUACCCUGGAUUUCACCCUAAAACUCCUCAAAAACGAGACCGUGCAGCUCCUGGAACGGGGCACCAAGAUUAAAGAUCUACUGUUAAAGGUCAUGGACCAGGAUGCCUUCGAGAAGAAGUUCAACACCAUGGAGUCGGGCUUUUUGCACAGUCAGCAGAGGUUCUGUCGGGAGGUGCUGAAGGUGAAGGCAGGGCACACCGCUGUAGUCAGCAAUGGCAGGAUCCUGGGUCCAUUUGCGGAAGACGACGAGUUCGGCACCGACGACUUCCACCUUCUGGAGAAGCUCACGCUCAGCACCUCGGCUGAGAAGAUCGAGGCUAAAGUUAAGCAAAUGAACCUGCCGCCUAAAAAUGCAUGCGAUCUUAUAAUGAAAGCGGACGCCCUCCUCUCGGCCGCUCCCAGAACAGAGGCCCGGAAGGAGAUCAAAUUUGUGAAAGACAAACACAGUGUUUUGCUCCUUUCCCCGAGGGAAGGCGAGGUGUUUUUCGACGUGGUCGCAACGGCGGAUCCGCUCACGAGGGACGCGCAGAAGCUGGCCCCGUUAUUGAUCGUGCUCGGUCAAGUGGUAAAUAUGAGGGUUCAGUUGUUCAUGAACUGCAGAGCCAAGCUGUCAGAGAUGCCCCUGAAGAGCUUUUAUCGCUUCGUCAUGGAAGCCGAUGUGGGAUUCUUGGGGAAUGACACCAUGGCAGCUGGUCCGAUGGCUCGCUUCACUGAGAUCCCUGAAUCCCCAUUGCUUACGCUGAACAUGAUCACACCAGAGAGCUGGAUGGUGGAAGCAGUCCAGAGUCCAUACGACCUGGACAACAUUCAUCUACAAGAGGUCAGCGGGGUGGUAAAUGCAGAGUAUGAAUUGGAGUAUCUGUUGCUGGAGGGCCACUGUUUCGACCUGUCCACGGGUCAGCCUCCGCGAGGACUGCAGUUUACCCUCGGCAUGAAGCAGGAGCCGCUCAUGCACGACACCAUCGUCAUGGCCAACCUGGGAUACUUCCAGCUGAAGGCGAACCCUGGCGCCUGGAUCCUGAGGUUGCGUAAGGGACGUUCGGAAGACAUUUAUCAGAUACAGGCGCACGACGGGACGGACUCCCCCGCAGACGCCGGAGACGUCGUAGUGAUGCUCAACAGUUUUCACAGCAAGAUCAUCAAAGUCAGAGUCCAGAAAAAGCCGGAAAAACUCAAUGAAGAUCUUCUGAGUGACUCUACAGACGGCAAAGGCCUGUGGGACUCGAUCGCCAGUGUAUGGAGUUCUUUGGAAAAAAGUUUUACAGGCGGUUCUAGCGUGGAGGAAGUCGAUACUGUGAAGGAAGACGUGCUAAACAUCUUUUCAGUGGCAUCUGGACAUCUGUAUGAGCGCUUCCUGAGGAUUAUGAUGCUGUCAGUCCUGCGACACACUAAAACCCCUGUGAAGUUCUGGUUCCUGAAAAACUACCUCUCUCCGUCUUUUAAGGAAUCCAUUCCCCACAUGGCUGAAGCUUACGGUUUCCAGUACGAACUGGUGCAGUAUAAGUGGCCCCGUUGGUUGCAUCAGCAGACGGAGAAGCAGCGCAUCAUUUGGGGCUACAAAAUCCUUUUUCUGGAUGUUCUCUUCCCUCUAGCGGUGGAUAAGAUCAUCUUUGUGGACGCCGAUCAGAUUGUCAGGGCAGACCUGAAAGAGCUGAGGGACUUGGACCUGGAAGGAGCCCCGUAUGGAUACACGCCGUUUUGCGCUAGCCGCCAUGAAAUGGACGGUUACCGGUUCUGGAAGACUGGCUACUGGGCGUCCCAUCUGGGUCACAGGAAAUACCACAUCAGUGCACUUUAUGUGGUGGACCUAAAGAAGUUCAGGAAGAUCGCAGCGGGAGAUCGUCUUCGAGGACAGUACCAGGCUUUAAGCCAAGAUCCAAACAGCCUUUCGAAUCUAGACCAGGACCUCCCUAACAAUAUGAUCCAUCAAGUGGCCAUUAAGUCGUUACCUCAAGACUGGCUGUGGUGUGAAACUUGGUGCGAUGAUGCCUCCAAAGCCAGCGCUAAGACAAUCGACCUGUGUAACAAUCCGAAGACCAAAGAGCCGAAGCUGAGUGCCGCGGUACGGAUCGUGCCCGAGUGGUCCGGAUACGACAACGAGAUCAAGCAGCACCUGAAGAGUGUCAAGAAUCGGAAAAACAGCACGAAGUCAGCCGCCUCGCAGACACGGGUUACCGGCAGCCAACGUGAUGAACUUUAGCACCUGGUGAACACGGACAGAGGGAAGUAUGCACUUAAAGAAAAAAACUUCUCAUAAAGCUCUACAAGUGCACAGAAAUCCACGACCUGAACUAAAGGGUGGGAGGAAGAGAGGUGUUUUUUUAUAACGGUUUUCUAUUCAUGGAUUUUCCUGGUUGGUGUUUACAUUUUAAAGCCACGAGGUCACACACGAAAGAGGAAGAUUCGAAGAUAGCGAUGUAACGAUUCAAUUGUGUAUUUAUCCUUUUUUUUUUUUUUGUUCUGCUGCACAUCAAAUAACGGCGAGUUUCAUUAGAUGCAAAAGGGACAGACUGGGUUUUGUUGCCACCUAGUGGUCAGUUUUGGGAACAAAAAAAAUGCACUGACGAGUAAAUUGCGAAUGCACAUUCCUCAUGUCUAAAUAUUUUUUUGUCUGUUUGUUUUUCCCCUUUUCAUCUAUUCCACACGAUAAGCUCAUGCCGAGUUCUUCUCUUGUAUUAGAGUUAAAUGUUUGCACGAAAAGAAAAAAAAUCCCUUGUUGAUCUGAUGUAACAUCAAUGCCGAGCUGUUUUUUUUUUAUUAUUAUUACGACGCCUGGAAGGACGUGGAUUUUCUCAGGAAUAAAAUGUUUCUAAACAGC